AUGGAGCUCAAAUACAACAUGUCGAAGUACCUGGUUCUGUGCUGUGUGUCUAUGCUGCUGGGCCUGACCAUGGCGAAAGGAAAGGAGGGGACAAAGGAGAGGUGUAAGGACACACUGACCAUCCCUUCAGACUACUACAAGAUUCCCACAGAGGAAUCAGAGGGAAAUGGGAACAUUCACACACACUCUCUGUCCCCCUGGACCUGGAAACCCACUACAGUGGAGAACCGUAUUCCUCCGACCAUCUGGGAGGCCGAGUGCAGCUUUAUGUACUGUGGCUAUCCCACCAACAGCAGCCAGUACGGGCAGAACUCUGUGCCUAUCUACCAGCAUGUCCUGGUGCUCUACACUUCAGCCACCAGGAAGUGCUACAGCGUCUCCUUCCUGUCUGUGGCCGUGGGGUGCACCUGUGCCUGGGCAAGGACCUAUUGA